AUGACGGGCGAAGCUAAGAAUGCACUAGAUAACAUUACAACGACUGGUGCUAAUUUUAAGAUCGCUUGGGAUCUACUGAAAGCAAAAUAUGAAAAUAAACGCCUUAUAAUUAAUGCACAUUUAACUGCUGUAACAAAGUAUCCUUCUGCUCAGAAGGAAUCUGCCUCCGCGCUGAGGAGUCUGCUUGACGGCGUAACAUCAUCGAUACGGGCGUUACAACAUCUUGGACGUCCCGUUGAGCAAUGGGACGAUUGGCUGAUUUUUACUAUCUUUCAUAAAUUGGAUCCUAUUACUCGAAAGGCAUGGGAGCUUUCCCUUAAAUCAAACGACAGCGAUGCGACAUUCAGGGAGCUAGAAGAGUUCCUUGCCAGCCGAACUCAGUCCCUAGAGAUAGUCCAGAGCUUCACUGAAGAUAAAUCUCAUCCCUCUAGUAAAAGGGUUAACAACUUGCACGGUGUGUCUGGAUAUCAUACUACCUCAAACCGCUGCUCUAGCUGUUCCGGUAAACACUUCAUUAUGUUCUGUGGGGACUUUCUCAAAUUGUCGCCUAAUGAACGAUGCCAAUGUAUACUGAAGCGUAAGUUAUGCAUUAAUUGCCUCAGAAGCGGACAUCAACAAUCCUGUUGUACUUCUGCUCGACGGUGUUACACCUGUAAUGCCAAACAUCACCCAAUGCUUCACGAAUAUUUUGCUUCAACCACGGCUAAUAGCAUCACGAAUCCGGUGUCAUCGCAUCAUGUAAGUCAAUCAAAUCAUAAAUUUUCGAUUCCUCAAGUGAUACUUGGUACAGCAUUGGUUGAAGUGCGAUCUGAAUGUGGCCAUGUCAUUGUAUUGCGGGCUUUACUCGACAGUGGUGCAGAGGCAACAUUCAUAAGCGAAUAUGCAGUGAACUCACUCUGCUUGCCUAAAUCAAAUGUUAAAGUGUCUAUUAAUGGUGCUAAUGGUAGUAGAGUCGCAACUGCCAAAGGACUAGUUACUUUCACACUACAUUCGCUCAAGAGUGAGUUCAACAUGCCAUGCACGGCCCUAGUGCUACCUCGAAUAGGCAACAUCACUCCAACAUUGAGUAUCUCAGACAAUGAACUUCUGCAUUUUAAGGAUCUAGAUCUAGCAGAUCCUAAGCUUUCUAUUCCUAAAUCCAUGGACAUAAUUCUCAACGCCGAAAAUUACGCCGCUGUGUUACUAAGCGGUAUACGUCGCAGAUGUCAUAACAAUCUGGUCGCUCAAAACACACAGCUGGGUUGGGUAGUCUUCGGAGGAUGCCAGGAUCAUGCUCUAGUCACCCCGAAGAACUCCGUCGAGUGUCACAACGCUCAAAUUGAUCUCGAUCGAACUCUUCGUCGUUUCUGGGAAUUAGAGGAGCUAAAUUCGGCGACUAGCCUUACUGAAGAGGAGCGUUUCGUCGAAGAGUAUUUUCAAAACACAACAUGUCGACCGAAGGAUGGGCGUUACAUAGUACGCCUGCCUAUUAAACGUGACCUAUCUCGCCUAUCUCGAGAUGCAUAUAUGCGAACUAUGUAUACAGAUUUUAUGUAUGAGUAUUUGUCGCUGAAGCAUAUGCAACUCAUCACUGGUAACAUAAACUGCUUAUCACCUGUUUGUUAUCUGUCACACCAUGAGGUUUUGAAGGCUUCGAGUACAACAACGAAACUACGCGUCGUAUUCAAUACUUCGAAGAAAUGCAGCUCGGGUAAAUCGCUAAAUGAUUGUUUAUAUCCCGGUCCUAAGUUGCAGAACGACCUAACAGCGGUUGUGAUGAGCUGGCGUCGAUAUCAGGUCGCUCUCACAGGCGAUAUCACUAAGAUGUAUCGGCAAAUCUUGGUUGAUGAACGAGAUGCAGAUCUGCAGCGUAUCGUAUGGAGUCCAACGAAGCAUGAGCAUCCAUCGCAUUAUCGAUUAAAUACCGUUACGUAUGGGACCAGCUGUGCGCCUUACCUCGCGAUCAAAGUGCUGCACACUUUGGCAUCAGACGAAAAAUGA